CGGCCGUUGGAGCGGCGGAGGCGCCGGUGCCAUGUCCUCCACCUCCCAGAAGCACAGAGACUUCGUGGCUGAGCCCAUGGGGGAGAAGCCUGUGGGCACCUUGGCUGGCAUUGGGGACGUGCUGGGCAAGAAGCUGGAGGAGAAAGGCUUUGACAAGGCCUAUGUGGUGCUGGGGCAGUUCCUGGUGCUGCGCAAGGACGAGGAACUGUUCCGGGAGUGGCUGAAGGAGACCUGCGGCGCCAACGCCAAGCAGAGCAGGGACUGCUCCGGCUGCCUGCGCGAGUGGUGCGAUGCCUUCCUCUGAGGGGCACAGCUGGCACCUCCCCUGGCGUCCCCCAGCCUUCCCCUGCCCUCCUCUGGCCUCCCCCUGGCAGAGUCCACCCUGAGCUUGGGGGCUCGAAGUGUGCCCCUGGUAGCCUAAAGCCUCUCCCUGGCAGCCCUAACCCAGCCCUUGGUGCCCUAAAGUGUGUCCCUGGCACCCCCUUGGCAUCCCUGGCAGCCUAACCUGACCCCUGGCACCCCAAACCCAGCCCCAGGCGCCCCCAACCAGCUCCUUGGCACCCCUGGCACCCCCCAGCCCUCCCCUGCCUUCCCCUGCCCUCUCCUGGCCUACCCCUGCCAACCUCCACCCAGUGUGCCCUUGGCUGCCCUGGCAACAUAAAUCCACCUCUAAUCCAGCCCUUGGUGGCGUAAAGUGUCUCCUUGGCACCUCGUUGGCAUCCCUGGCAGCCUACAUCCCAAGCCCAGCCCUUGGUGCCCCAAACCAUCCUCUUGGCACUCUAAACCCAUCCUAAACUUCCUCCCCUGGCAUCCUAAACCCAUCCCAAACCCAGCCCUUGGCACCCCAAACCCUGCCCUGGGUGCUCCAAACCAUCUCCUUGGCACCCCUGGCAUCCUGAACCCACCCUAAAGCCUCCUCCUGGCACCCCAAACCCUGCCCUGGGUGCUCCAAACCAUCUCCUUGGCACCCCUGGCAUCCUGAACCCACCCUAAAGCCUCCUCCUGGCACCCCAAACCCUGCCCUGGGUGCUCCAAAAUAUCUCCUUGGCACCCCUGGCAUCCUGAACCCACCCUAAAGCCUCCUCCUGGCACCCCAAGCCCAGCUCUGGGUGCCCCAAACCUUCCCCUUGGCACCUCCUUGGCAUCCCUGGCACCCCAAACCCUGCCCUGGGUGCCCUUAAACCUUUCCCCCCUGCACCUGGCACCCCCAGGCCACCUCUUGGUGCCCCCAGAGCUGCUCCUUGGCCCCCCAGUGCCCAUCCCUGGCACCC